GCAGUUCUCGAACAACACAAAACGCUGCUGCCGCUGCUGCUUCGUAGCUACGAACUGCCGCUGCUGUACCGCUGCUGCUACUACUUUUGCUGACGGUAUAUACGAGAGAUAAAAAUCCCCACGCACGAUGCAAUCAAUACGGAAGAGCUGAUCGGUCAUCUUCAUCAUGGAUGCCCUGGAGAAGAAUGACAACGCCUCGUUGAUGCAGCUGCAACCUCUGGAGCUGGCCACGAACAACGCGAGCUCGGCGUCGAAUUAUUUGUUGAAUUACGAUGUCACUGCCAUUGUCUCAGCCUUCGUACUCCUCCUUAUGAUAUUUACGACCGCUUUCGGCAACGGGUUUGUGAUAGCAGCUAUUUUCAAGGAACGCAACUUGCAAUCAGUGGCAAAUUACUUGAUAGUUAGCCUGGCCGUAGCGGACCUCAUGGUCGCAUGCUUGGUAAUGCCUUUAGGAGCCAUUUACGAGAUAAACUCGGGAUGGUCUCUGGGGCCGGAGCUGUGCGAUAUGUGGACCAGCAGCGACGUACUCUGCUGCACCGCCUCGAUAUUGCAUUUGGUGGCUAUUGCGGUCGACAGAUAUUGGGCAGUCACCGAUCUGAAUUAUAUACAGGCACGAAAUCCUCGCAGAAUCAUAUUUCUCAUCGUGGCGGUGUGGGUGGUGGCGCUGGGCGUCUCGGUGGCGCCCCAGCUCGGCUGGAAGGAUCCGGGCUACCUGGAUCGCAUCGCCGCCGGUCGCUGCCUCGUCUCCCAAGAUCCUGCCUAUCAAAUAUUCGCCACCUGCGCGACGUUCUAUCUGCCGCUGCUGGUCAUACUCGUGCUCUACUGGAGGAUAUUCCAGGCGGCGAGGCGACGAAUACGCAAGCGGCCCGGCACGAUAAUACAGCCGCAGCGCGAGCGUCACGGACUACUCAGGCUCGUGAAGAAAGGCUCGAGAGAGGAGUCGACGACGGCGUUCACGAUAUCUCGCUCGACGCCCGAGCACUCGUCCGUAUCUCCGGAAAAAUCGUCGUCUUACAACGGAUCGAACCAGCCGACAUCGACCCAACCGACUACGACCGCCAACACCACAGUUACUCUGACAAUGACGACGACGACGACGACGAUGAGUCCGAACUCGACGGUGACAACGACCGUGACGAACACAGCACCACCACAACAGCAACAAGCCUGCAGCGCACUGUCGACUCGCAAGAUCGCCCGCGAGAGUCUGGAAUCGAAGCGCGAGCGCAAAGCGGCCAAGACCCUGGCCAUCAUCACCGGGGCCUUCGUCGCCUGCUGGCUGCCCUUCUUUCUCGUCGCCCUGCUGCAGGCAAUGUGCUCGAGCUGUCAGCCGCCGGAUCUCGUCGCCUCGGUGUUUUUGUGGCUCGGCUACUUCAACAGCACCCUCAAUCCGAUCAUCUACACGAUAUUCUCGCCCGAGUUUCGGCAGGCGUUCAAGCGCAUACUCCGCAUAGGUAAUGCGGUACCGCCGAGGCCCGGUGCCGGACGCUGAAUAUCUCUCCGAUGUCGUGCAAAGGUUUGAGGACUUGGUAUACAUAAACGAAUCAAAAUAUAUAAUAUGUGCAUAUAGUUUGAACUUUGGGAUAUAUACGUAAACCCGUUGCGACAGACGGGACUGUAUUUUUUUAUUUAGCUGGUGUAUCGACGCGUGUACAUGCGUCUCUCGUUUUCGUUGUUGGGUGUUGUAAACUUCGGUGAGAUUCGUGAACUCGCUCGUUCGUGCGCGCGCCACGAUGCAAAUUUCAGCGACGUUACAGGAGAGAGAGUUUGUUAUUUUUAUUUACAAUUUCGCUCGGAUGAACUAUGUAGUAAGAAAAUUUGCAUUUCUCCUUGUUCCCAAGAGGUAUGUAAUGCGAAGAGACCAGAUCAGUAUUUAUUAGAGUGAAGGAGAUGAGAGAGAUCGAACGUGUAAUCGUUCGAACGUCGAAGUUUAUUGUACAUAUAAGCUAAAAUAUUACGAAAAUAAUAAUGAUAAAAAUAAUAAAUAAUAAUAAUUAUUAUAAUAAUAAUCGGAACCUGGGCGUAAAUGAAGUGUUAAGUUUCAGAGAAUGAGAUAUGCUUAAAAAAUAAAUAACUAAAACAUUUUUCAUGUAUAUUAAGAAAGAGUGCCAAAAAUAUAUAAAGUUAUAUAUAUACCGUAUUUACGAACUUAUUAGAUUUUAUACAGAUUGACGAUCGUUUCAACUUGUAUCGAAGGAUAAAGUAUUUUUCAUUAUUUUCAGAUGAGGGAGAUUGACUUGUCACGGUGCACUGCAAUUUUCUACGUCGCUCGAUAUUUAUAUUAUGAUAAUUAAAAUUAUUGGUAAAUUAGUCGAGUGUCGCGUAAUGACGUGGCACGCACCACCCUCGUAACUUUUUCCGGAGCCUUGAACAAAAUUUUUUUAAUCCUCAUUUACAUUAGAAAAAAAAAGUUACAUUUUUCAAAAAAAGUUCGAGCGCACACGAUUUUGAUUCGUUAAAUUUUAAUUACGAUCGAAAAUUUCUCGAGUGCACCUGCGGUAGGGCGGUCUCCCUUAUCAUCAAAAUCAACGUUCUUUCAAAAACAUCAAAACCUUGAUUAUUAUAGGUUGAAGGCUGUGAAAUUACUAAAAAAAAAAAAAGUAAAGUUACUAGUGAACCUUAUGUUCGAUCGGAACGAGAGGUGCAUUUAUUUGAUAUUAGUAAACUUUUAUACGUCGGUAUUUUAUAUCGUUAUAAGUAAAUAACGUUCAAGAUGUUCAGAUAUAUCCACAAUAUAGUAUAUAAAUAAUGUUACGCAAGCAAGCCGAUUCUCUUCGUAUCCCAACUGCUGCAAAAGUAUAAAAAUAAUCCUUGAAAAUGUUUCUUCCCCUAAAUCAACGAUUUUCAUCUAUCAUAAUGUGACCAAGAAAACUUCUACUAUUCUACCAUUUGUAAAUAAUCAAAAUGUACGCAAAAACAUAACACAUACUUUUUCAUCAUAUACUCAUUUACUGCAUUCCAUUGCUAAAUGUUUCAAGUAAAAUAUAAAAGUAAAUCUUCAACUUACACGGUUACAAAAAGAUUAAAACUCUAACACAUAUAUUUUCUACAAAACUCUUGACCCAUUACACUAUUUCACAUUUUUAUAUUUCUGCACGCAUGAAUCAGAGUAAUAAUAAUUUCAUUUGUUUAUUAUUUAGUUUUAAUAACACAGCUUAAACGCAAGAAAAAUAAAUUUUACAAGAAACUUACGUCCUUUUUUGCGUAAUGAACCUAAGUACCAUUAACCCAUUAACGUCAGGAGGGCAGGGUUUGGACAUACCGAAUUCGCAGUUGUUUUUAACCAUGAAAAUGUUGGGAGGGAAAAAUAAUAAAGUACCAUAUUCCCUGUUUUUGAUAUCGUUCUUUCCGGUGGUGGUGUUUAUUUCUUGAGAAGCAAAUUUUUUUAACCUUAUUUCUGCCAGCUGAAGUUAAAAACGAUAUCUUCCCGCAUCGGUGUCGUUAUUAUUUCUUGUUAUCGCCACCCUUGGGUACG